CCGACCAAUCAGCAACGGGGGCGGGACUACAAAAUCAAAUGUUCGUACUCACCCAGAAGUUCCUUCACACAACAAGAUGAGUUUUUACGGACAGGGCUAUCCAGGGGCAGGAGGUAACAUUCCGCGUCAGCAUCCUUCACCGGGUAACCCUUACGGAGGUGGUGCACCACCAGGAGGUCCUGUAGGAGGGCCUUAUGGGGGUCAGGGUCCACCCGGGGGCCCGCAGUAUGGUGGUGCACAAGGAGGACAUUAUGGAGGACCAUAUGGUGGUUAUGGUGGAAGUCCUGGGGCCCCUGGAGCGCCUUAUGGUGGUGGUCAAGCCCCAGGAGCUCCUUACAGAGGAUAUGGGCAGCCUCAGGGAGGACCAUAUGGCCAGCAUAUUCCUGGAGGGGUUAACCCUGAGGCAUAUCAGUGGUUUCAGACGGUUGACAGCGAUCGCAGUGGUUACAUCAACCUGAAGGAGCUCAAGCAGGCCCUGCUCAACUCCAACAACUCUGCAUUUAGUGAUGAAACCUGCCUGAUGAUGAUCAAUAUGUUCGACAAGACCAAAACUGGCCGCAUUGACAUAUUUGGCUUCUCAGCUCUCUGGGUGUUUUUACAGCAGUGGCGGGCAAUAUUCCAGCAGUUUGACCGUGACCGCUCGGGUUCCAUCAACAGCACUGAGCUGCAUCAAGCACUCUCUCAGCUGGGCUAUAACCUAAGCCCGCAGUUCAUUCAGAACCUGGUGAACCGUCACUGUGUCCGUGGCAUGAGUAACGCCCUCCAGCUUGACUCCUUCAUCCAGGUGUGCACUCAACUGCAAACCAUGACCCAGGCUUUCCGUGAGAAGGACACCGGCAUGACCGGCAACGUGCGCAUGAGCUAUGAGGACUUUCUCUCCUGCACCAUCAUACGGCUCAUGUGAUUUUCAUUCCAUAAGAUGACAGUUCUUUUCCAGUGAUGACGGCUUUUUUUUUUUUCUUUUUUUUUUUUUCCAUGCCAAAGACCACCAGGCAUUCUGGAUGUUCCCUCAUAACUGUGCCUUUCACUGCAGUUUACUUCCCUCACCCUAAAUGCCCUGUACACAUGAACUCUUACAGUGUGCUUAGCUUGUAGUUUGUUUCAGUUUUGAAGUGCAAGAUAAAUGAACAGAUACCUGUGCCAUAACUGCAUGUAAUGCCUGAAAAAAGCAGUUUGAGGAGAACUAUCUCACUCAGGGAGUGAAGUUGCAUUAUUAUAUCUGCUGCCAAUUAUGUAUUUUGUGGGGCUUUGUUUUAUUAAAUAUAUUAUUUUAUAUUGUAACUGCAUUCAACAGAAACUAUUUUGUUUCUGAUACUGAUGGGGGAAAAAAAAGUCCUACUAAUUCAACCACAAACUUGGUCUGGUACAGUGUAAAAUUGAUUUAUUGUAAUAAAUUGAAGGCUUGGAUCCUGA